GCGCUGCAUUGUAUGUUGUUGUUUGUGGCGGUAAGAUGGCGGCGCUCGGAGACACUUCAGCUCCGGGGGUGAACGGGUUAAUACAACAAUUCACAGCAAUAACAGGGGCCACAGAGAGUGUUGGAAAACACAUGCUGGAAGCCUGCAACAAUAACCUGGAGAUGGCGGUGACCAUGUUCCUGGAUGGAGGUGGGAUGGCAGAGGAGCCCAGCACCAGCUCCAGUUCAGCAGCAUCGAGCAGCAGAGCGCCCCCUACAGAUGAAGUACGAGCACCCAUUCCUCAGAAGCAGGACAUUUUGGUGGAGCCUGAACCUCUGUUUGGAGUACCAAAGCGAAGACGGCCAGCUCGGUCUAUAUUUGACGGUUUCCGAGACUUUCAAACAGAAACGAUUCGUCAGGAACAGGAGCUGCGUAACGGUGGAACAGUGGACAAGAAACUGAGCACUCUGGCAGACCUUUUCCGUCCUCCCAUUGAGCUCAUGCACAAAGGGAGCUUUGAGACGGCUAAAGACUGUGGACAGCUUGAAAAUAAGUGGCUAAUGAUCAACAUACAAAAUGUUCAGGACUUUGCGUGCCAGUGCCUCAACAGAGAUGUGUGGAGCAACGAUGCCGUGAAGAAUAUCAUUCGAGAACACUUUAUAUUUUGGCAGGUUUAUCAUGAUAGUGAAGAGGGACAACGGUACAUCCAGUUCUAUAAGCUCAACAAGUUUCCCUACAUUUCAAUUCUUGAUCCACGCACAGGGCAAAAAAUGGUGGAGUGGAACCAGCUGGAUGUGGCGUCGUUCAUGGAGCAGGCAACCGGCUUCCUGGCAGAGCACGGGCAGCUCGACGGGCCCACCUGCAACGCUCCUCCUGCCAAACGGGCACGCUCAGAGAGUCUGAUUGACGCCAGCGAAGACAGCCAGCUGGAGGCGGCGAUCCGAGCGUCGCUACAGGAGACCCACUAUGACUCGUCAAAUGUCCAUCAAGCACCCGACUCCCCCCGAUCAGAGGACGAAUCCGACGCAGAGCCUUUCUCGGACAGCGAGGGACCCAUUUCUGUUGACGGCUCAGACAGUGAAACACCAGCACCACACGAAGAGAAAAGUUCUACAAGCAAAUACACACCAAGCGCUAUGGUCACCACCGCCCACCAGCGUCUACAUCCCGAUAGUUCCACUUCCUCCCACAGAAAAUCUCCAUACAAAGAGAACAAUCACAGCCACAAAAAAGAGGAGAGCAAAAAGAACCACCUGGAGCCCUCAGCUCCAAGUCCGCUUCAUUCUCCGCCUGAAGCUGACUCUGGAGGGAAUCAUUGCGCCUCUCAAGCCAAAGCUGCUGCAACCUCCAGCAUCAGCACCACAACUUGUGAUGUGGACUGUCCUGAUGACAAUGGCCCCAAAGCCAGGCUAAUGCUUCGUUACCCAGACGGGCAGAGAGAACAGAUCUCCUUGUCUUCAAAAGCUAAACUUUUGGCCCUGGUAAGACACGUCCAGUCCAAGGGUUACCCUAACGAACGCUUUGAACUCGUCACCAACUUCCCCAGGAGAAAGCUCGCCCACUUGGACUAUGACAUCACGUUACAGGAGGCGGGGCUUUGUCCACAGGAGACUGUUUUUGUUCAGGAAAGGAACUAGCCAUCCCAUAAACAUCUACUUUCUGCUUCUGUAUCUCUAACAGACUUCACCAAUUCACACAUCAACAACCUGGGCCAGCCUUCAGUUCUGAAGGAGACUCUGCUUGUUUUGACAGGGCUGAUGUUUAAGGAUGGACCGCCUUGACUGUUCAUUUCCGCUGACAGUCUAAUGCCUUUGUAAUGCUCAACAGUUUGGCCAGUAAGGUGCUUCAGAUAUCAGCACUCGGUUUCUUUUCUAAACAAUGUUUAUUCUGGACUAAUGCAGCACAUUAGAGCAGAAAACACAUUGUUUUCACCUGUUCAUAAAACCUCGGAUAACAGAUCACUAAUUGACUGUGGGCCACCAGAGACUUGUACAAAAAUACUUUUACUUCCCAAAAUGUAGAUUAAAUGUCAGAGUUUAUUUUCUAGCUCUUCCUUGUUUUCUUUUUUUUCUGUACAUGGACGAGUAAAGGAAGGUUCAUUCUUCUUUUUUUCUCCAUCAUUGUUUCGAAUUUUGGAACUUGGAAAGCAGAAGUGUUUGAAGAAUAGAUCCAAAAAUUGCAAGUAAAAUAAAGAUGUCCUUUUUUUUAUCGCAGAAGGGAAUAAAAAAGAAGGUGGUCGGACCUACGACGAGCAGAGACAGCUUAGUGAGACUGACAUUUAGCCGAAGCCGAUGUUUCUUUUUUAUAUGCUGCCAACAAAACAUGCUCAUAUUGAAAUAUAACCACCAAAAUCCA